AGAAACGUGAAGCGCAACGGGAGCAGGAGCUGUUUGAACAGGAGCCGCUUUGGUUCCCGUGAGAGGGACUGGCUGAAAGAGGACGUCGGACGAGGCUGCAUGUAUAUUUAUGGAAGAGAUUCAGCAGCUACUGCUUCUUCAGACUUGCGCUUGGUCCUUUGUACAGUGGACACCCCAGCGUCUGAGAUAUGUGAUGGAGAAGGGAGGAAAAACCUCUUUUUGCAACUUCAUGGAGACCUGGUCAGGAGGCUGGAGCCCACAGAAAAACCCCUUCAGAUUGUGUAUGACUACUUGGCUGGGUUGGGUUUUGAUGAUCCUGUCAGAAUGCAGGAAGAGGCAGCAAACUCUGAUCUCAGCUGUAUGAUUCGCUUUUACAGUGAAAAGCCAUGUCAAGUGGAACAGUUAGAUCGCAUCCUGCUCUCUGGAGUCUAUAACGUACGCAAAGGAAAGACCCAGUUGCACAAAUGGGCAGAGCGCUUGGUAAUUCUCUGUGGUACGUGCCUCAUUGUGUCCUCUGUGAAAGAUAGCCACACAGGAAAGAUGCACAUCUUGCCUCUCGUUGGAGGGAAGGUGGAAGAGAUGAAACGUCGGCAGUACACACUUGCUUUCACAUCUGCUGGAGCACAAGCUCAGACAUACCAUGUUUCCUUUGAAACGCUGGCAGAGUGCCAACGGUGGCACCGACAGGCGUCCACGGUUGUGUCUAUGCGACUUAGCAUGGUUGAUCUUUCAUGCUACAGCCUUGAGGAAGUACCUGAGCACCUCUUCUACAGUCAAGACAUCAUCUACCUCAACCUACGACACAAUUUUAUGAGAUCAAGUGGAGCAGGGAGCCUUGACUCUCUUUGCAGGUUUUCUCAGUUGAAGAGCCUGAACCUGUCUCAUAACAGACUGGGAGAGUUUCCUGUAUCACUGUGCGAGAUCUCUACUCUGACAGAGCUUAAUAUUUCCUGUAAUGGCCUUCAUUACUUGCCAAGCCAGAUUGGCAAACUGUUGAAUCUCCAGACCUUCUGGCUUGAUGGGAAUUUCCUCACGUCCUUACCAGAAGAACUGGGAAGUCUGCAACAGCUCAGCUGUCUUGGGCUUUCCUUCAAUAACUUCUGUGAACUGCCAGCAAUUUGUGAGAAACUCGUCAUCUUAGAGAAACUAGCCCUGGCAGGGAACUUGCUAGAGACCCUGGACCUAAAAAAAAUCAAAAGCGUGGACCUGAGGCUGAACAACCUGAAGAGAGCAGCAGCUGACACUCUGGAGGGGAACAAAUCUGUGACUUACAUGGAUUUACGAGACAAUCAGAUGACAGAUCUGGAUCUGAGCUCCUUGGGCAACCUGGAGCAGCUGCACUGCGAGCGGAACAAGCUGAAAGAGUUGACUCUGAGUGGCUUCUCCCUUCGGGCCCUCUAUGCCAACAGCAACUGUCUGACAGCUGUCAAUAUUUAUCCGGUUCCUGGUCAACUGACAUGUUUAGAACUCUCUCACAAUCAACUGCAGUGUGUCCCAGACUGGGCCUCUGAAGCAAAGAAACUGGAAGUUUUGGAUGUGAGCUACAACCUCCUUGUGGAGCUUCCAUCGAGGAUCCUCAGCAGCUUGAGCCUUCGGAAGUUGAUGGUGGGGCAUAAUCGUCUGCAGAGCCUUCCACCUCUUCUAGAACACAUUCCACUGGAGGUGCUGGACUUUCAGCAUAACCUGUUGACUAAACUCCCAGAGACGUUCUUUGUUAAGGCUCUGAACCUCAGGUACCUGAAUGCCUCUGCAAACAGCCUGGAGUCCUUGCCCUCUGCAUGUACAGGGGAGGAGAGUCUGAGCAUGCUGCAGCUGCUUUACUUGACCAAUAAUAACCUCACAGAUCAAUGCAUCCCUGUCUUGGUGGGACACCCGCGCCUACGGAUCCUGCAUCUGGCGAACAACAACCUACAGACUUUCCCUGCAAGCAAACUCAGUAAGCUGGAGCACUUGGAAGAGCUGAAUCUGAGUGGCAACAAACUGAAAACAAUUCCCACAACAGUGGCAAACUGCAAGCUACUUCAUACACUUGUUGCACACUCUAAUGAAAUCAGCAUCUUUCCAGAGAUCCUGCAUUUGCCCCGUAUUCAGUUUGUGGACUUGAGCUGCAAUGAGUUAACUGAAAUCCUAAUCCCUGAGGCAGUGCCAGGUGCCUUGCAAGAGUUGGACCUGAGCGGAAACACAAACCUGGUGCUAGAACACAAGACACUGGACAUCUUCAG